UCAAACCGAGCGGAUCUAACCUACUUAUCCAUCCAGGAGAAGCAGCCUGCAGGUCUGCGCUCGGUCCGGACCGUCGGUCUGUCGGUGUGUCUGUGGGUCCGAGCCGGUCCGGUGGGUGCCUCUGUGUGAGUGCGUGUGUGCGUGUGCGUGUGUGUGGCUCUGACCCGGUUUCUUCGGCUGCUGUGGACCGGGAGAGCCGCUCUCUCCCCGCACCAACAUUUUCUUUAAUGACCGGAUUUGUGUUUUGCUGCGCGAUGUACAUGGACAGAAGCAGCCUGACCAGGGGUCCCUCUUCCUCCUCCAGUCCCAGCUUGCUGACUAAGAGCCUCUCUCUGGAGCCGUCCUGCUCACCGUGUGGCCACCAGGCGGCGCUGGAAGCCGACUCUCCACAGCAGCCGAGCUCCGAUCCAGGGCCCAGCUCCUCCACAUCGGGCCCCGCCUCCCUGGAGGGAGGGGUGGAGCUAACAGAACGCCGUGGGUCUGCAAACGGGUUGCUGCUAGUGAAUGACACGGGCCCACCGGAGCUGCCAGCUACCACAAUAACACCACCGAGCAAGAGCAGGCCGCCGCUGCCGGGACCCAAACCUCAGGUGCCUCCAAAACCCCCCCACCUCCAACAGCAGGCAGGGGUAUCGAGGCCACGUCCCCGUGCACCAGAUAAGCCCCUCCCCCCUACACCUACACCACCUUGCAAAUCCCUCCCAGCGGAUCCUCGGGCAGGCCGACCUCCACCUAUUCGUGCAGACGGCACCGCCUCCCCCACCUGUGUCCUGUCACUCAUUGAGAAGUUUGAGCGGGAACAGAUUAUUGUAGUUCCUGAUAUCACCGGUGGGGCGCUGUGUCCCCGCCUCCCAGACCCCCCUUCAUCCCUCUCCUCCUCCCGGCCAUCAUCACCACCAUCAUCAUCGGCCCCUCCCCUCCCUGAAGAGGAGCCAUCCUGUGACCUCACGAGUCACGAUGACAUCACACAGGGGGAUGAGGGUGAGCGUGACGGAGAGGAUGAAGGGGGAGUGGGUGACCUACCUGAUGAGGAAGACGAUAAUAAUAAUGAUGAUGAUGGUGGUGGUGAUGAUGAUGAAGACGACGAUGAAGAGCUGGCGGCUGCAUGCCAAGACGAUCUCCAUCAGAAGCGUCUGUCCAUGGAGUCAGGUUACAGCCCCUCAGAGAAACACCCGGAGGACGAUGUGGUUGCCGUGGAAAUGAGGGAGCAGCAGCAGCUGCCACCGCUGCUCGACCAAUCAGAGUUGCCCUCUGAGCGUCUGUCCCUCCCCUCCUCGCAGACGGACGGCAAGCUGGCUAAUCGAGACAGUGGCAUCGACAGCAUCAGCUCCCCAUCGCACAGUGAGGAGCUCUGCUUCGCAGGCGUGGAUGAAGGGGGAGUGGCUUAUCCAUGCAGCCCCGCCCUCCUACCCCGACUCUCCAGCUCAUCCUCAUAUGCUGGAGAGGGAGGGGAGGGGGAGGGAGAAGAAGGGGAGCCGAGGGCAGGUGCGAGGAGGAGAAGGGAGUUUUCGGAGGAAGGAGACAGUGACCUGGAGGAGGAGGAGGCAGAGCUAACUCUGGUGCUGGCCCCUCCCAAGACAGACAGACAGGACUCAGCUGAGCUGUCUGUCCAGCAAAGGGUCUUCAACAUCGCUAAUGAGCUUCUGCACACAGAGAUUGCCUACGUCUCAAAGCUUCACCUGCUGGACCAGGUUUUCUGUGCCAGACUCCUGGAGGAGGCUCGGUCUCGCUCCUCCUUCCCCUGCGAUGUCGUUCUGGGGAUCUUCUCCAACAUCUGCUCCAUCUACUGUUUCCAUCAGCAGUUCCUGCUCCCGGCGCUGCAGAAACGCAUGGAGGAGUGGGACUCAAACCCGCGGAUCGGCGACAUUCUGCAGAAGCUGGCCCCCUUCCUGAAGAUGUACGGCGAGUACGUGAAGAACUUUGACCGAGCCAUGGAGCUGGUGAACAUCUGGAUGGAGAGGUCGACUCAGUUCAAGACCAUCGUCCAGGAGAUACAGAGGGAGGAGCGCUGUGGGAACCUGACUCUGCAGCACCACAUGUUGGAGCCAGUUCAGAGGAUUCCUCGCUAUGAGCUGCUGCUCAAAGAUUACCUGCACAGGCUGCCAGAGGAUGCCCCGGACUACAGGGACGCCCAGAAGUCUCUGGAGCUGAUCGCCACAGCAGCUGAACACUCCAACGCUGCCAUCAGGAAGAUGGAGCGAAUGAGGAAGUUGUUGAAGGUGUACGAGUUGUUGGGAGGAGAAGAAGACAUCGUUAACCCAACUAACGAGCUCAUUAAAGAGGGACACAUCCUCAAACUGUCCAAUAAGAACGGGACCACUCAGGACAGAUACCUCAUACUGUUCAAUGACAGGUUACUGUACUGCGUCCCAAAGCUGCGUCUGAUUGGUCAGAAGUACAGCGUCCGGGCUCGUAUCGACGUGGAUGGCAUGGAGCUGAAGGAGACGAGCAGUGUUGCUGUUCCCCGGACGUUCCUGGUGUCUGGAAAACAGAGAUCCCUGGAGCUGCAGGCCAGGACAGAGGAGGAUAAGAAAGACUGGAUCCAGGCCAUCCAGGCAACCAUUCAGAGGCACGAGCAGACAGUGGAGAGUUUCCGACACUUGAACUGUUCACUACGAGAUGAUGAGUCCACGCCGCCUCACUCUCCGAGCUGUGUUGAGUUGGGGAAACGAGCUCCGACUCCGAUUAGAGAGAAGGAAGUGACUCUGUGCAUGAAGUGCCAGGAGCCAUUCAACUCCAUUACCAAGAGGCGACACCACUGCAAAGCCUGUGGACACGUGGUCUGUGGGAAGUGCUCGGAAUUUCGCGCUCGCCUGUCAUACGACAACAACCGAACCAACCGCGUUUGCGUCGACUGCUACGCCACGCUUGUUGGAGUGUCGCCGUCUCCCGCCGGACUGACCAGCAGCACCCAGAGAAGACGCUCCAUCCUGGAGAAACAGGCCUCGCUGGCAGCAGAGAACAGUGUGAUUUGUAGUUUUCUUCAUCACAUGGAGAAGGGAGGAGGGCGGGGCUGGCAGAAGGCAUGGUUUGUCAUUCCCGAGAACGAGCCGCUGGUGCUCUACAUCUACGGAGCUCCACAGGAUGUGAAGGCGCAGCGCAGCGUCCCUCUGAUUGGCUUCGAGGUCUCUCUCCCCGAGUCAUGUGACCGCCUGGAGCGACGCCACGCCUUCAAGAUCUCUCAGAGCCACCUGACCCUUUACUUCAGUGCCGAAGGGGAAGAGCUGCAACGGCGAUGGAUGGACAUCCUGUUGAGGGCUGGGAGGGGGGAGGAGCAUCAAUUCCACCGGCCAAUCGUGGAGAGCCUUGAGGAAGAGGGGGAGGAGUUUGCGGCUCUAGCAGAGGAGGAGAACACAUGAUUCUAUUGGACGAGGAAUGAUGGCGAUGGUGAAGAUGUGGGUCUUUAAAUGAGGAUCAGUUGGAAACCAGAGGAAAACAAAACAAACUCUUGUAGCUAAAGUAUCUGUUCAGCACACACACAAACACACACAGACCCACACAUGGACACACACACACACACACACACACACACUCUGAUCUCUGUGUAUUUAAAGUUGCGUGGUUCAUCUGCAUGAUUCCUCUCAGCUGUCUACACAAGAAGGCGUCUCUCUCUCUUCCUGUCUGUCUCACUUCACUUUAUUAAACCUGUGUUAAUGCAGUGUGGUGGGCGGAGCCUCUUCUGACUGUUGUCUCUUCUUUGAACAGUAACUUCACACUCAUUUGAGUCUCCUGCGUCACUGUUUCUUGAGUUAAGCACUCUGCUACCCAUAAGCCUCAGCUUCAUCCGGCGCUGUGACAUCAGAGUCACGUCCUGUUGGAAAUAUUUCAUCCACAAAGACCCCGAAGUGAAAUGAUAAGAGCUGCAACGAGCACGUGUCGCUCAUUCGCAGGUUUUAAGGUCGUUAUUGUAACUAUUUUCUUUCUUGAGAAGAUAAACCACGCAUCCAGAAGAUGCCACCUCAUGUUUGCGGCUACCUUUUGAUACUUUACAGACUGAAGAAAUAAUUCAACAAAAAAAUAUUCAGCACAUAAAUCGAUAAGGAGAAUAGUCAUUAUUUGCUGCCCUAGAUUUGCUUACUGCAUCAGCUGCUGCAAACCCCGGAGCUCUCUGAUUGGACGUUUCCUGGACCCGAUUAACCAAAAAGCACACUGAACCAGCUCCACUGCAGGUCCUCCACCUUCAAUGUUUUAAGUUCAUGUAUCAGGAUUUGUGGUGAGAUUUUCUCACCGGUUUUUAACAGCUUUAGUUUCUGGGAGCAACUAAAGCCACAUUCCCUCUCAAACUAAUCAGAAUGAUUACUUCUUUCAUGUUGAGGAAUUUCACGUGUCUGGGAUAAAGUCGUCAUUUAGAUUUGAUUCCUGUGGUGGAAAAAGAAGGUAGAAGAACUGAGCUCAUCAGAAGGUGUCACAGAGAACGUUCCUGCAGUGGGAAUGAGUUUGUGUUCUAAAUAAGUGUGGUGUGUCUGAGCCAGACAAUCACCAGACAACCAUGUUAAUCUUUUCCUGACAGUCACCCGACUGGAUUAUUCCUGUGAGAGUUCCUGAGCAUCCAGAGAACCUGCAGAAGAACUCGCUUUAUCUCUGAAUGUGGAGCAUAAACCAGAGGAACACAUCAGGAUUUUCAGUGCAGCUAGAACCCACAAACUGCAACAAAAAAAAAAUCCAUAAAUCAUUAUCACAGUAAAAUGAAGGUCCAAAACACGCCGACCACUCGAGGUGGUUGAGUUAUUAUCUCGUGGAAAUAAAGAAAAGCCAGAGCGAGUAAUCUGAACAUCCUUAAACCCUCAUUAUUGUCAGAUGGAUUCUGGACUCUGGUCUCAGUUACUUAAAAACAACAACUUUAAUCCAUCUGAUGGAACAGAUUCAAAAGUCAGAAGGAUGAAUCCCAAAUGAAGGCCAAGGAGUCAACAUGGUUGUGAAUAAGCGGCAGGACUUUCCUCCCUGCUUUAAAAAAAAAAGCAGCUCAGCUGUGCUACAAAAGGUGGAGUCAAACGGACUGUUGGAUCAGCAGAUCUUUUUAAAACACAAAGAGAGAAGAGGACUGAUGUGCCCUUUAUCGGUGCACUUAAAAAACAUGUAAGUGCAAUUUCCCCAGCAAAGAAAUCCUGGCCUUUUCAAUCAAUUUAAGGAAAACCGCAUUUCCCACAAGCCUCUGCGCCGAGGCGGUGGAUACCUUUAUCUGGAGCCUCUGUGCCCUCUGCUGGUGAUGUCUGGAACUGCAGGGUUUUUAAAAAAAAAAAAAUCACUGAUCCUGUUUGUCACAGACUUACAGAAAAUACGCUCAAUAUUUUAAAGUUUUAUCGAAACUCUUCUCAGUCUGAGAUAUUUUUUCAUGUAUUUAUUUCCCUCAGAGAUCCGUGUUUGUUUCUCAGAGUUCAAACUGUUUCUUCAGUCCGACUGAGACCCUGAACCACAGUGAAAUGUUUUUUAUUUUUAAUAUUUUGAAAUGUUGAAGACGUGCUCUUCAUUGUUCUAACGUUCCUCUUCAGAGUAACGAGUUAAAUUUUCACACAUGGUGAAUGUGAAUGAUUUCACUUGAUUUAAGGAUUUUGAGCUCCAAAUUUUCAUUUGAAGUCAGAAUUUUCCCCCCUUGAGUUUCAGAGAUUGUUAUAAAAGAACUUCAACGCUGACGAUCCUGAAUGAAAAGGUCAGUUUGACUUUUCACUUGUGAACUUCUGACCCCGUAUCUCAAUUAAAAAAUGCUAAAAAUUAAAUAUUUUGACUUCAUAUGUUCUGAUUUUUAACAUGUCUUACAUUUAUCAGUUUUCUUACUGUUUCAUUAAUUUGAGCCAAACUGUGAACUUAAUCUAAUCUGAACUUACAAACUUCAUAUUUUUAAUGUAAAUCUUUGCAUUCAGAAAAGAAAAGCCUUUCGAGGAGCUUCUGCUGUAAAUAUGAUUCAGAUUUUGUAAUUAUUAGAUAUGUAAGUCGUGUGAUCCUGUUAAGCUACAACCUCCAAAACGUUUUUCUUUUCUCGAUGCAAAAUGUAAAAGGUUUCAUUUUGAAGAAGAAACUGUAGGCGUGCAGCUGAAAGGAUUCGUUUUUAAUCAGUCACACCUGUGAUUGAUUCGUUUUGAAUAUGUACCUGUUUUUAUAUUUUUGUUUUUAAUGGCAGUAAAGUGAAUAUUUUUGGGGUUUUAGAUUGUCGCUCAGACAUUUGAAGACUUGGACUCUGAGAAACUGACAUUUUAUGACCAGAAGAUUUAUAGGAUAUAAAAAGUAAUAAUGGAAAUGAUCGUCCGAUACAAAGACACUUAUGGUGAUGAUGUUUUUUUGGAUGUAAAAAGUUUGGUUGUUUUUAAGGACAGUUUCUUGCAGACUGUCUCUGCCUGGAACCAGACCGGACUGCAGACCUUCGUGUUUGUCUGGGUCAGACCAACUCUGCGUUUUGUUCCCUGAAAUGAAUCCAGCGAUUAGAUGGAGCCGAUCUGAACUGAAUUCAGAAGAAAAACUAAAGACUUUAGUUGUUUCUCUCAUUUUGACUUGCAGUGGUUCAGUAUUUCUCUCUCUGUCUCUAUAAACACCUUUUGGACAAAGUGUUUUGAUAGUGGAAAAAAAAAGAAGCAGAUAUUAUGAAUAUUAUUAUUGUUAUUCUGACACUAUGAUGAACUGAAAAGACUUGUUGUUGGAUAUUUCUGUGUUAUGAGUCUGGGUUGUGUUGAUGUUUGCUUGAUGCAAGUUGAUGCAAGAAGAAAACAAAGUAAAGAUUUUGUAAAUAUAAUUUAUUCUCCCGUGACCUGUCGGUCAUGUGACUGUAAAGGUUAAAAGGUUAACGCUUGCUGUUCCUCCACACAGCCAGAGCCACACAGACGGUUCGAGGACUGACAGGGUGAAGGUUAAAGGAACUACGGGAAGUUUCGGCAAAGUCUGUAGCUGUGAGAUGGAAGACUGGAAGCAGAGGGAAACUGGUAGCAUAGAAAAGAAAGGAAAGUGCACACUGCCCGGCCAAAAAGAAACACACACUCGAAGGCUUUAUUGGACCGCUUUCAGUUUUGUGGUUUGUGUCCAUGAACAUUUAUUGCCACCAAGACUUUUCAUGAUGGGAGAGCUGGACUGCUGUCCCAAAGGGUGGGGUUACAAUCUGGACUGGUGGCCAAUACGAUUUGAGCCCAAUGAAUACAUCUUCUGACAUGGUUUUUAAGAAAAGAGAAGCUACUCACUGUAUCGGUUACAAUUAAAUAACCUGUUGACAGCCAAAACUUAGUUAUCACUGCAGUAAUUAACCAAUGGAUAGCUCUUGCCUGUUUGUUUAGUGAAAUCCAGAUGGUGUUCUUUUAUUUUUGGCCAGGCAGCGGAUAAGCAAACUAUUGCAAAAAUGGCUGCUAGAGAGGAGUGUAAUACGUUGAAGUGGUGGUUGUCUUCGUACAGAGUUGUAGACCUGAGGGUUUAAAAGAAGGCGUUUUUCUGUCAGAAUUCAUCAAAAUGCUGCUCGAGAUGGUGGAAGUGGCAAAAAAGAAAGUUGGAAAGUAAUUGCAACAGGCUGCAUGCAGCUGCUUGCCUCAUUAACAGACUGUUAAUCGAUUAAUUAUUGGUGGUCGCUGAUAAAGCUGAAAUACCAAAGAUGUGCUUGUUCCCGCUCCUCGAUUCUUUCUUUCCUUUUCUGCGAGUUUGCGACAGUUUGAACGACAAACUAGUCCUCAAAUAAUCAGUAAAAACCAUGGCAAGCAUGUUAGCUAUGAAGCUAAUGCUCUGCAGCUGCUUUCUGCUAACAUAAAAUGCUAGCAGAUAGGUUGGCGCUAAGCUAGCAGUUUCCCUUUGCUUCCAGAGUUUAUGCUAAGCUACAGGUUAAACAGAGCCAAGUGAUUGGGAAUAAUUUAGUGUUUCUGUGUUACAAACCGAUCGGGAAACUGGAUUUCAGAAAUUGUGGAAGGCUUUCUUUAACUUCUACCUCACCGCCUCGCUAUCUGGUGCUCAGUCUGCGCAUGGCUCUGGUUGCUACAGUGUGUUUUUUAGCGUGUUUUUGGCAUGUAAAGCAGUGAUAAUGGAAGGAAAUGGCCAGUAACUCAGCCUUAUAUACUCCCAUCGUCAUCAACUGUAUUGAUGUGGUGAAAAAUGUGUUGCGCGGUCAACGCUUAAGUUGCCUCUUUUUGUUUCAGUUUUAUUGAAUCUUUUCUGUUGCCAGAGAUCUUUGGAGACUGGAUCAAACUGGUCCUGACUGGUUCAGAUGAUAGACCGUGUAUAUAAAGAUGGACGUAGCCACCGUGAAGUUAGCCAUUGGUCUGUGACGUUUGUGAAGCUGCUUCCAUAGACUGUAUGGUGCAGACAGAGAUACCUGAUAAUUGGUGUUUACUGUAGUACAGUAAACUACUACAAUUUCAUUAAAAAAAAAACACAAGCAAACAAGUAAAUUACUCUAUUUGUCAGAUAAUUAUCUGAAAUCUACCAACUUGGUUCAGUGACUUGAAUUUAGUGAUACACUGUAACCAUUUCUGCAGGUAUUCUUCUCUCAAUUGAAGUAGCCAUGCCGCUAAUAAUUAUUAAGGUAUAUAAUUCAUCUCCCCACUACAGUUAUAAAGGUGUAAAUUAGCCAUAGAGACAAAACCCAUUUUUUGGACCAGGCUGUAAAUGUGUGUAUUUAUGCUGUAAACUUGGACAUUUUAACAUGGGAGUCUAUGGGGACUGACUCACCUUUGUAGCCAGCCUCAAGUGGCCAAUUGAGGAACUGCAGGGUUUUGUUUUUGUUUUUUUUUUUGUCUAAGUUUUAUGCCUGGGCGCUUCCUGCUUUGUUUUAACCAUUUAAAUAAAGUUUAAAGAAAUAUUUGAAUCCAGUCAGACCGAAUAUCUAGAAAAAAAAAAAAAAUAGCAGCUCGUGGCAGUGAAAUGCUGGUGCUGGUCUGGAAUCAGUUUUCCUGUCCAGAAGCCAAAUCUUUGAGUGUUUGAAGAUGAGAAACUGGUUUCGGUGUAUAAACUCCUCUGGUUCUGAUUUCUGCCUUACAGCUUCUGGACUCCUCUUUGUGCCAAUUCAGAUGGCUGUCAGUAUUUAGCCAUUCAGUCUGCAGCUUUAUAUUUAUUUGUUAUUUUAUUCCAAAGGUGUUAUUACUGCUUUUAUCGCUUUCUUUAUUUGUUUUUUUAACUUUCUUUGGGGCAGUUCUGACGCGAUCACAGGAGAGUUUGUGCUGUGGACUGUUAAUGGCUGCCGUUCCCACAUCUGUAGUGUAACAGCAGCACAGUCGUGUAUUCUUCUCCUUCAUGUUGUACUUAUAAGUAUCUUGUUAUUAUUGAUUAUUGAGUAUUUGAUUGAUUGCAGGUUAUCGGUUAGUGGCCGGCCACUGCCUUCCAUGCUGUCGAUGUCUGUUUCCCAUCAUUCCCCCCUCUGUAAGAAGAUAAAAUGACAAGUGUUAUAAAUAAAAUAAAAUAA